AGCAUUCAUGCUGCUUGCACACACCCCAAGCCUUCGGAGGACACAGAUCCAUGGACCUCAGUGAGCCCUAUUCCCCAGACACCACAAGACCUGCCAGGGUACCUGUCACCAUGAAGGCAUUCCUGAGUUUGAUCUCACUGUUUGUGGUUGUGCAGCUCAUCGGGACAGCUCUAUUUGGCUUAUAUCUUCACAUGAAGCUGGACAAGGUGGGAGAUGAACUGAAUUUACAAGAAGAUGUUGUGUUCCUCAGAAGACUGCAGAAGUGUCGGAAAUCACAGGAUCCUGAUACUACCCUUCUGGAUUGUACAAAGAUAUUGAAAACCUUCAAUGAUCUACAGGAUGUAAGCAGCAAGGUUCCACAAGAAAGUCCAUUCGCCAUGCAGAAAGGAGACAAGAUACCACCUGCAGCUAUUCACCUGGCCGGCUUGAAGGACAGCAAGAAAGUUUUGCAGUGGCAGAAGGCCAUCUAUGCCCCAAUGGAUGACACAUUUUCCUACCAAGAUGGAAAUCUGAAGGUCACCAAAAGUGGACGCUACUUCAUCUACUCGCAGGUUGCCUUUUGCAGCAACAUGUUGCCACAUGUUCCAUUCAGCGUCUACGUUUAUCUGAACCUGCCAUUCCAGGUGGACCAGCUCCUGUUGAAAGGGGUGGGGACCCAUGGCACGUCGGGGGACCUGUGUGGGCUGCAGUCGAUCCACCUUGGGAGAACUGCUGAACUCCAGCAGGGCCACACCAUCUUCGUGAACGUGACGGACUCCUCAAGAGUGAAUUACAACCACGAAAAUACGUACUUUGGUGUGUUUCAGCUGUCUUAGAAAGGCCUCGAAGCUUCACUUUGCUGAGCAAGGUGACGUCUCCUGGCCCCGUAAUACUAUUUAUAACCCACUUCAUCUUCAUCCCCCCUACACCCUGUGUAUUUUAUUUUAUUUAUUAAUAAGAGGCCAUGUGUAUAUCCUCAGAACCAGAAAGUAAUGCUGGCAUCCAAGGCCUAAAAGUGUGCAAAGCUGGUAUCGGAUGCUGCCAAACUUUGCACCAGCCAAAAUGUUGCCAUUUCCCGUCCUAAACACUCCUGUGCUGGCACAAGGAGUCUUAAGACUGCUUCUUCCAUUUCUUCCAGUGCUGUUGGCUUCCAGUGCUGUUGGUUACAAAUCUAAAUGCGACUCAUAUCUCUCAUACAUGACAGGCAUACCCUGGGAAAGGGUUGUAGCUCAGGGCUGCGGCACCUGUUCUGCACACAAAAGGCCCCGAGCCUGGUCCCCAGCUGAUCUCCAGGUGGAGCAGGAAGAACCUUACCUGACAUCCUGGUGACCUGCUGCCAGCCUGUGCAGACACUCUGGAGCUAAAUGGAGCAAUGCUCUGACACCCUAAAGGCAUUUCUUGAGCAUACAGUCUAAGGCAUAUAACACAAAUCCAGAAAAGUGUCUCCUUUAAGGAUUGAGCGGACUAUAUAUUUUAGGACACAAUUUUACCGGGAUGCCCAUAAGGCCCUGACCUUGGAGGUGCAGAAAGGGGGCCAUGAUGGAGGUGAUCUUCCCCUCCCCAUCCUCCUCCUGUGUGUUUUGCUAGAUGAACUCUUCCAUCCCUCCUGCUGGGGCACCUCGGAGAGGGGAGAAAUGGGGCCGCAACAUCUGGAGAGCAGCCUCCUCUCCUGACCCCCUGAGGCAGCAUCUUGCCCCUUCCUCCAGCACUGCUUUCCUGAGCUUGGAGAGCAGCCAUGCCAACCAUGAGAUGCUUCCUAGGAAGCUGGGAAGCUGAACCAGCCUGUGACCCUCAGACAAUAUCUAGGGUGCAGAGCAUGAGGAUCCUUCACCUCUGAUCAUAGACGUGUAGAGCUAGAAGGGCCGUUCGGACCAUCCGCUCCACCCUUCUGCUCGGUGCAGGACUCCUUGUAGGCACGCCAGAGAUGAGCAUUCCCAGUCCGCAGCUGAGCAACGAAGUCUUUGGUCUAAGCUACAGGACAGACACACAGCUCCCAUGGCUCCUCCAAGGCACAAAUGCAUGUGGGUGUUUAACUAUCAGUCUUUUUGCAAACACUUUUGCAAGCACCAUUUGAUAGCUUAGCCAGGUCAGCAUCGUUCCUACUUUGCCGAAUUAAACUGAAGCCAGAAGUUGUUUUGAAAAAGGGAGAGUGAAUUCAGUGUUUUGAGAGAGGGUUUACUUCCUGUGGGACGCUCAGAGACUUCUUCAGACUUGCUGUCACUUCUGGUCAAAAAGGUUUGGCAGGCUUUUGCUACCACUACAAAUUCUGCAAAAGUCCUUUAGCAGAGGCUGAAGCAUACCAAACUCUGGCGCAGUGUUCCUCUUUCAAGUCUCCUUUAAUUCUCUUGAAAAAACGUGAGCAUGUCUUAAAUUGACAUUUCACUGCUCUUACUAGCUCAUUGGCUUUCGAUUGGUGCUUUCAAUUGGAUGUUUUAAAGAGGUUUUGGCUUGUAUUUGGGUAUUUCUGUAAACCAUCUUCAAGGUAAGGAAAUGUAUUACCUGGUGAUUUUUAAAAUUGUGUUGGAGGUGACUCCACUAAAGCAUGAUACCAUAAUGGAUAAUAUGCUUUUCUGAGUUCUUAUCAUGUUUGUUACAAAGCUUGAAAGAUGGGUGAAAUAGAGCACAUUCUUCUACUGAUAUAACUCAUUUCUUUAACCUGUUGUAAAAAGGUCAUUUUUGUUCACAUCAGCAGCAGUUUUCUGAACUGUUUGCAAUAAAUUCUGACCUGUCUUUAAUCCAAAGGUUAAUUAAUGAAUAAAAACAAUGUACUGUAAGGAAAA